AUGGGAGUGUUGGUUGAGCCUGCGUGGCCACCCAAAUCGCCCCGCGCAGCCCUACUAAGCUCGCCUGCCGGGCGAAGGAAGUACCAGGAUUCGCAGAGAUCCCGGGAGAACCUGACAUCGCCCUUGAAGCGUUCUAGCACCACGCCCAAUUUCCGAUCCAAAGCCCACGAACUGUUGGACGAAGACGAGAUGGAGGAUGACGAUGAAGAAACAUUGCAACUUCAAUUGGCCGAAAUCAAAGCGCGCUUGCGAUUGAAGAAACUACAGCAAAAGAACCGUGGCAGGUCAAGCUCGAUUCUCGAGGAGGAGGAUUCACGGCCCUCCUCCGCUAUCAGCCCUUCCCGGGUAGAACGAACAGAAGACCGCAAUGCAGUACAAAGAAGUCCCAAGAAGCUCAUAAAACGGACAAGCAGCGACGAGAUUCAAGUUCCUGCAUCACCUACAAGGCGCGAGGCUCCCGCCAAUGAUCCCAUAUCACCCCGACGAUAUGUUAUGGGCAUUGAUAAGGGCUGGAAAGCCAAUGAUGUGUCAUUGAAGCGACCUCCAGUUACGAGAGCCGACCCUCGACCAAGCAGCCACAUGGGCUUCCGAGACGGCGCUACACCGCGGGCCAACGAUCUGUUUUCAGCACGGCCCCAGACUUCCCCUGCCGGCGGAGGGCUCCAUCGGAUCAAGAGUUUCAGUGAGAGAAUGGCCGAAGGGCGAGCGGCUGAGAAAGCAGAGAAGUCCCGACUGGAGAGAGCAGAACAGAUUCAGGCCAAUCGCAGCUCAGCGUUCCAGGUCGAUAAAUCGGAGCUCGAAUCUCUGAAGGCCGCUGCGGCAGACCAGAAGUAUGUUCCUCCGUCUGCCUUAAACUGGGAGCGGCAGACAGAAAGCUUCACUCGUGAGGAUAUUCUUCGAUCUGCGGGCCAAUCUCGGUCAACUGGGCUACAACGCAGCAAUACAACCCCAAAUCUCCGACGAAACGAGGGAACUGGCCCUGCAGAGAGGCAAUCACAUUUGCACAGGCGGACCAACACGGCAGAGGAAGAGUCGGGGUCUUUCCAGAAGCCAGGCCAGCCGGAUGACGCCGUGAUGAAAGCGCCAGACUCGUCGAAGUUUGAAUCCUACUCGUCAUUACAUCUGUCAAAUCGGGUUCUCCCACAUUCAUUUUUGAGCCGCACACUCGCAGAUACGAAGGCUCUACGCAUCCCAGAUUUACUCAAAACUGUCAAAGCACCCGCAUUCGAGCUCCCAGAGGAGAUUGAUGGGGAUUUUGUUGUUUUUGGUAUUGUCGCUUCCAAGUCUGACCCGAAGAACGUGAAGUCAUCAGGCAACGCAACCGCAAAAGCCCAAGAUCCAUACGAUGAUGGUCUGAACAACUCGGGAAAAUACAUGGUCAUCACCUUGACCGAUUUGAAAUGGACUAUUGAUCUCUUCCUUUUCGAUACGGCUUUUCCUCGAUAUUACAAAGUCUCCGAGGGCACCCUCAUUGCGAUUUUGAACCCUACAAUCAUGCCACCCCCGAAGCACAAACUGGACACAAAUCGGUUCAGUCUAUCGCUGUCUUCCUCGGAUGACAAGGUCCUCGAGAUUGGCUACGCCCGCGACAUUGGAUUCUGCAAAUCCGUGAGGAAGGAUGGAAAGACAUGUCAAUCUUGGGUCGAUGGCCGCAAGACCGAAUUUUGUGACUUCCACAUUGACAUCCAGGUCCGACGAACUCAGGGUCAACGUGCAGGGAUCAAUGCCGACUGCGGUGGGAUGGGCCCUGGGGGAAGAAAUGGGCCGCGAACAGGUCUCUUUGGCGAUGGAGUAAGACGAAAAGGCGUUUUCAAGCAAGGCUCCAAACAUAGCGGCCCUCAAUACGACUUUGCUACUCAGUCACACUACUUCGUGGCUCCUUCCAGGAACCGUGGCUCUGGCCGCACAUCAUACAACCCUGUUGCAGGUUCAGCUACCAAGCUGGAUGGAUACGAUGACCCAUUUGUCUCUUUGGGUACCGGUGGACGCGUCGAAAGCAAGGAAGAAAAGAUGCGCCGACGACUUGCGGCUCAGCAGAAAGAGCGUGAUAUCACUCAAAAACUAGUCGCCGGUCGUGUGGGUGGUGUGGGCGCCGAAUAUCUCCGCACCAGAACCGGCAAUGAGUCUCCGAACAAGGCGAAUGCACCAUCCACUCCUGGAGUGCCCCGGAGCCCUCCAGACUCCAAUGGCAUUGAUCUGACUACGUUCGGUAAAGCAAAGAACGUGCGUUUGAGCCCCAUGAAGCGAGCCCAUGGCAAGCCUCAUGGCAGCGGUGUCAAAAAGACUCGAUUCCUCACUUCCAAGGGCAUCAGAGAAGCUGGUCGAGAGAGCCUAGGCGCACCAGCUGAAAGCACACCGGCUGGAAGGCGGAUGAUCAUAGAUGACGAUGACGAUGACGAUGAGCUGGAGUUCAUCUGA